AUGGCUUCAUCCAUCGAAAACCAUCUCCUCGCAGACAUCACCAAGCAACGGGUCGCUCGCAGCGCCCGCGUCGCCAGCUGGGAUCAAAGCGGACUCAACGAGGACGCCUUUGUCGUCCUACCCGGCGAGACCGCUGUGCUGGCCGACCUGCAGGGCCCUGGCGCAAUCACCCAUCUAUGGUUCGUCCAGACAUGCCGAAAGAUCCUGGGACCCGGCCUGAUCCCAUACUCCAAAUCGGGAGUCGCCAUGAUGGAAAUUCACAACGCGUUGGGCCUUAACUACGAAGUCAGCGACCCAGACUACUACCGCAAGGUCCUGAUCAAGAUGUACUGGGACGACUCCGAGACCCCCAACGUCCUGGCUCCGAUCGGCGACUUCUUCUGCCUGGGCCACUCGAUGGCCGCCAAUUUCCAGUCGCUGCCCUUUACCGUCUCUGUCAAGCCGUCGGAAGAGAAGCAGUUUGGCGGAGCCGCGGCAUUCAACUGCUACCUCACCAUGCCGUUCAACAAGCGCGCCCGCAUCGAGAUUGAGAACCAAAACGACGAGGCCUACAUCCAGUACUUCUACAUCGACUACGAGCUCUACCCGGAGCCCCUCCCCAAGGACACGCUGUACUUCCACGCGUACUGGCGCCGCGAGAACCCGACCAACGGCUGGGCCCCGUCGGCGAUCCAGACCAACAGCCUGGAAACGCAGGUGAAGAACCUCGACGGCGCGGGCAACUACGUCAUCCUCGAAACUGAGGGGGCAGGCCACUACAUUGGCUGCAACCACUCGGUCUGGCACGAACAGGGGACAUGGUGGGGCGAAGGCGACGACAUGAUCUUCAUCGACGACGACACCUGGCCGCCCAGCAUGCACGGCACGGGCGGCGAAGACUACUUUUCGCAGGGCUGGGGCAUGCAAAAGAACGCGUACCCGUUCUGCGGCACGAUUAUCCACGAGGACGACGUCCCCAACACGCAGAUUAGCUACCGCUGGCACCUCGCCGACCCCGUCCGCUUCAGCAAGCGCAUCAAGGUCACCCUGGAAACGGGCCAUGCGAACCACCUGCGUGAUGACUGGUCGAGCACCGCGUACUGGUACCAGACCCUGCCGGGUCCGAAGCUGGAGAUUUUGCCAGUUGAGAAGCGGCUGCCGAGGCGGCCCGAGGUCGCCCCGAUUCCGGAGCCGACGGAGGAGGAGAUUGCGGCGUUGAGUGCGGACAGGAAGGAGAAGCUGGCGCAGCACCGCGAGCGGUAUGCGGCGUUUGUCAAGGAUCGGAAUGAGUGGUUGGAGCGACGGGCGAAGGACUCCAAGGAGCGGGCGUUGAACAAUGUCAAGAUCUGUGAGGAUAUCCGCCAGCGGUUCUUGAGCAGCCUGAAGCAGUAG